GUCCUCCUAGGAAUCUUCAGUUCACAAGCGCACGUGCACCUCCAACGAUCUCCUCUCAAGUCAUAGCACAAGUGUAUAUAUAUUCCUACUUUGAAAAUGGCACCCAUUCAGAUGGAAAAGUCCUACGUGAAAGUGUCCUCCACACCCGCUGCAAAGUGCUCUCGGCAGGCAAGGUCAAGCAGCAGGUCAUGGGAUGUGAUCCUUCCUAUCAGUCGCAGAGGAAGCUUCUUCCAAGACUCGUUUUUCUCUGACAUACACAAGGAUUUUGACUCCUCCGUCAGGGAGGUGUUGGCCAGAUGGAGUGACGAAGAUUUGAAAGUGAAAGACUUCCGCCGGGAUGAUAUUAUGGACCGUUAUAGACAGCUUCGAUCUCGUAACCUAAAUGAAGGGAACCAGGCUGUCACAGUCACAUCUGACAACGAAAGUCAUAAGAUUGUGCUGGACGUGCAUGACUUCAUGUGUGGAGAUGUGAGAGUGAAAGUGUUGGACGAGGAGUUGUUAGUGGAAGGACACGUGGAGAAGGAGGAAGGAAGCUCAUCCGUCUCGUCACACUCCUUCAGACGAUACUUCUCUUUGCCUCAACACACAGACAUGACAGCGAUUACGUCCGUCAUGUCUGCAGAUGGUAUCCUCACAGUCACUGCGCCAAAAAUAAAAACAGAAAUGACAAAGGAAAAUGCAAUCAGUCAGACUUCCGCUUCGAAUUAUGAGAAAGUCAGCGAAACACGAAAACAAACAGCCUCAGAACACUUGUCUUCUACACGAAAAGAAAGCUGUUCGUGUGAUCUUGGUUUCAAAAGAACAGCUGAUUCCUCUGGGUUUGACUGCGGUUCGUGGGACACAUCCUUGCCCAUCACUCGAAGGGGAGGCUUCUUCCAGGACUCCUUCUUCUCCGGUAAACAUCGCGACUUCGAUGCCUCCAUCAGGAAGGUCCUCAAUGGCUGGAAUGACGCCGAUCACCAGCUGGCGGACUUCUGGGACGAUGACGACUUCCACCGCAGCGACAGACUGGGCCGCUACAGACAGCUUCGAUCGCGGAACCUGUGGAGUGACAACCAGGCCGUUACAGUUACUUCAGAUAAUAUUAGUUAUAAGAUCUUGGUGGAUAUGCAUGACUUUGUGGAUGGAGAUGUGAAGGUGAAGUUGAUGGGCGAGAAGGAGCUGUUGGUGGAGGCCCAGUCGGCCAGGUCCUCGCACACCUUCACACGCACCUUUUCCUUGCCUGAGUCCAUUGACAUAACGUCCAUCACGUCUGUCAUGUCGUCAGAUGGCAUCCUGACAAUCACUGCGUCCAAGAAGGAGAGUGAAACACAACAGAAGACUACUGUCAUCCCCAUUAGUGUCAAGGAAACGCAUAAUGCUUCAGAAGUUCACAGCUCAACUUCCUCGACGACCUCGAGAGUUUCUGAGGAAACAGCAUCUGGCCAAGGAAUAUCCCACACAGCCCAAGCGGAGGAACGCAAAUACGCACGAUGCUUUCAGGAGAAUAUCGACGAGGACAAGACCCAAACUGCAACUUCCAAUAUCUCAAGCAACACCCAACAAUCAUCACAGAAGGAAUCGUCUGUCAUCACAGAUUUUGCUUCCACAAGACUUUCCGACUCGGUGGAAGCAAAGAAAACUCUUGGGAAUAAGCAAGAAGAUUCUUUGCUCAUCACGAAGAGAGGAAGCUUCUUCCAAGACUCAUUCUUCUCCGACAUACGCCAAGGCUUCGACGCCUCUGUCAGGGAAAUCUUGAAGAAAUGCAAUGACUCCGAUCUGACGGUGACAGACGAUGUCAGUCACAGUGACAUCUUGAGCCGCUACAGGCAGCUUCGAUCUCGAGACAUGAGGGAAGAGGACCAGGUCUUCUCCGUCACGUCAGACAGUGCUAGCCUCAAGAUCGUGCUUGACGUGUAUGACUUCAUGCGCGGAGACGUCAAGGUGAAAGUCGUAGACGAGAAGGAGCUGGUGGUGGAAGGACGCGUAGAGAAGGAGGAAGGAAGUUCAUCCGUCUCGUCACACUCCUUCAGACGCCGCUUUUCCCUGCCUCACCACACUCAUGACACACAUUACUUCUGUCAUGUCUUCAGAUGGUAUCCUCACAAUAACUGCUCCCAAAACGGCAGGAGAACCACAGCAAAACACGCACGUUAACUUCUCCAUGACUGAGGAAAGGAAGGAAUCAACGGUUCAAGACUUAAAACCUAAGGCACUCUCGUCCACGACGGAGAAAAACAUCUCCGUUCACGAGAAUCUUGUCA